ACAAUCCCUAACCCCACACGCCAAGCACCAAACUCUGCAAUCUCUUCUUCCUUCCCCUCACUUUUCUGCAGAUCGAUCCAUGGCGGAGACCGAUAAUUCCGAUGAAUCCCAAGCUGAAUACUCAUCCGCGGUUCUUCUGCGAGUGAUGAGCAAGAGAAGGACAUGGGUUUUCCUCUUCCUCUUCGUCUACACCCUCCUCCUCUCCAUUUCCUGGAACUUCCUCAAAUCCGUCCUCUCCUGGUACGAAUCCGCCAUGUCCGGCGCCUCAUCAUCGGGGCCGGGGUGGCCGGCACUCUACGCCUCCGUCGUCUUGGGGGUGGCGUUCGGGGUUCUGUCCACGGUGGCGGCGCUCGCCGUCGUCGUCCCGGCCACUCUUGUCACGUGGAUCACGGUCCUGGUUUUGCUUGCUUUCUGCGGGAAGCCCAGGAGAGCUCUGGUGACGGAGGGCAAGAAGCUGACCGCUGACAUCACUCGGUUCGUCGUCAAGGUUUUGAUCAAGGAGGGGAACAUCGUCGCCGCCCUCUGCGCCCUCGUCGGAUACUUCGCCCUUGUCCGCCGGUGUAGCGGCGGCGGCCCUGAUUUUUAGUCUCUUGAGUCUUGACGGGUCCAAUCCGAGGGGCGAUUUGGUCCGUAUUUGUUUAAUUGUUUAAUUUUCUUCUGUCGUUUUCGGACAGCUAACAGUACUUAGU